AUGAGCGGAGCAGAAGACAUAGUUGAUGUUUAUUAAAAAAAGCCCAAAUAGACAGACUCUAAAGGAAAUAAAGGAUAAAGAAAGCUUUAAAAUUAAAACAAAAAUAAUGAUUCUAACAUGAACAAGAAAGACUAAUUAGAAAAGCAAGAAAUAAUCUAAAAGUUUUAUCAAAAUGGAAAUGAAUAAGACUCUCCUAGUAAAUGCGAAGUGUAAAAUGUAGAAGAAUAAAAAUUAGACUUUGAGCUCAAAAUUCCGUAAAUUUAAUAAAUUUUCGGUGAGUAAUUCACUAAGAAACAAAUCAAAAAUGCCCUUCGCGAUCAUAACAUGAAUUUAGAUUAAACUAUUGAUAGUUUAUUAAGUAAAAACUCUAACUAAAAUAGCCAAAAAAGUUAGUCAAAUGAUAACAGUGGAAAAAAAUUAGCAUCUAAAAACAACCUUAGCUCAGAUGGAUAAUUAAAUUUGUACUAGACAGAUUCGGAAGAUAAAAGUUUGAAAUUAAGUUAAAAUUCUAGCGACAAAGAUUCAGCUUAUAAAAUUUAGCAAAAUUAAUAAAAAAUUAAUGAAGUUAAGGAUCUAUUUCAAAAUUUAAACGAUGAAUUAGUACAAGAGGCAUUGGAAAUGCAUAACGGAGAUGUGCCACAAACUAUAGAUUACCUACUGGAUGAAGAUAACCGCAAGUCUUUAGAGCUCUGUAUUUAAGACCAUAAGCAGAACAUCGGUGCUGUUGGCGACCAGUUAGAAUAAAUCAUUUGUGAUAUUGUUGAUGAAGAGUAGGAAGAUGAGUUUGAUUUAAUGAUGGAAAUUUAAAACAAGGAAAAUGAUAUAGAUGACUUGAAUAUAGAAGAGGAUUUGUAUAUUUCAAAUAUCAAAAAAAGCAUGAGUAAGGAAGAGCAACAAGAUCCUUAAAUUCAAAAAAUCUUGAAAGAGAGUUUAUUUUAUGCAAAAUAAUACGAAAUUCUUAGUAAAUUCAACAGUAACUAAAACUCAAGCUCGUCCCACUAGAAGAAAUAAAGAGAUACUUAAAUUGAAUUAAAGAAGAAUAGAUCUCAAAAUUAUAAAUUAGAUCUAGAAUACUUUAAAGAAUAAUAUAUCAAAGAAAAUAGCAAAAAAGCUAAAAAUUAAUUUGAAAUAAAUAUGUCUGAUUUUCCAUCAAUAGUGAAAUAGGAAAGUGGACCCUAGGGUAAUAUUAUUAAAUAGUUAAAUAAUUAAAAGAAAUUAGAGUAUAAUCCAAACAAAAAUGAAUGGAACUAAACUGUUUUUUAAAACGAGGGUAUUUCCUAUUUUGGAUAAUAAUUAUUAGAAGAUUUAAGUAGUAAAUUUCCUCAUGUUAGCAGAGACGUAUUAAUUGAUAUUUUUAAAGAUUUAAAUGAAAAUAGUGAGGCUACUGAACAAUUUUUAAUAAAUUAAUUCGGAAAAUCAAAUAUUAAGAGAGAGAUUAUCAUAAAAAAAAAGCCAAUUCAAAAGUAAAAUGAAGAGGAAGAUGAAGAAAUCGAUCAAGAUGAAAUUUUAGAUUAAAAAAUAUAAAACUUUUAAAAAAAAUACGGAUAAAAAUCUUUUAAGGAAGUAAGAGAGGAAAUUUAGAAUAUUUAUAAAUACAAUAAAGCUUAUCAAUUUGCUGAAAGAAAUUGUGAUACAAAGGCUAAAUUUAGUCUUAAUAAAUACUUCUAAGAUAGUAGAGCAUCUCUCUUUGAUUUAUAAUAAUAUUCUAAAGCUCUUUGCUUAAGAGAAGUUAGAAGUUAAAAUCCAAUUCAAAAGAUAGAUCUCCAUGGCUUUUAUGCAGAAGAAGCUUUGGAUGUCUUAAAGGAUUAAAUUCUUUAUAUGAUUGAUUUGGCUCGUUCAAAUCAAUAAAGUAGACUUAAAAUCUCUAAUAAUUACAUUCAGUUAGAGAUUGUUACUGGAAGAGGAAGCCAUAGUGUAGGAAAUGUCUCUGUCCUCAAGCCUAGAGUUAUUUAGUUCUUGAAAUUAGCAAAAUACAAUUACAGAGCAGAAGAAGGAAAAAUAAUGGCUAGAAUACCAUAUUGA